ACGGGGACGCCCCUCACUGACGCGAUUGAAGGAUAAAUAUCAACGCCACCAAAUUGUUUCAAGAACACCGGUGAAAUAGCUAAGUCUACAGAAACACUUAUUUUUAAAUUGGGCAAUAUACUUAGUAUCAGAUACAUCAUAUUUUGUAAACUACAGUUGACUGAGUUUAGCUACAUACUCUACAAAUAACAAUUCCUUUAAAAUGAACGGGCAAUUGAACGGUUUCCAUAACUCACUCAUUGAUGAAGACUGCUUUUUGUUCACCUCUGAAUCUGUUGGAGAAGGACACCCAGAUAAGAUUUGUGACCAGAUCAGUGACGCUGUGCUUGAUGCCCAUCUCAAGCAGGACCCUGAUGCCAAAGUGGCAUGUGAGACUGUAGCUAAGACUGGGAUGAUCCUGCUGGCAGGGGAGGUCACCUCCAGGGCCAACGUCGAUUACCAGAAGGUCGUCAGGGACACGAUCAAGUACAUUGGCUAUGACGACUCCUCCAAGGGCUUUGACUAUAAGACCUGCAAUGUCCUGGUGGCUCUGGAGCAGCAAUCCCCUGACAUUGCUCAGGGUGUUCACCUGGACCGCAAAGAGGAGGAUGUGGGAGCUGGAGACCAGGGUCUGAUGUUUGGUUAUGCCACUGAUGAGACUGAGGAGUGUAUGCCCCUCACCAUCGUCCUCGCCCACAAGCUCAAUGCCAAGAUGGCUGAAUUGCGCCGCAACGGAACCCUCCCCUGGCUGAGGCCAGACUCCAAAACUCAGGUGACUGUUCAGUACAGGCAGGACCGUGGGGCCAUGCUCCCAGUGCGUGUGCACACUGUUGUGGUGUCCGUGCAGCAUGAUGAAGUAAUUUGCCUGGAUGAGAUGCGUGAUGCGCUUAAGGAGCAGGUUGUGAAGGCUGUGGUGCCCACCGUGUACCUGGACGACGACACCAUCUACCACCUGCAGCCCAGCGGCCGCUUCGUUAUCGGAGGUCCUCAGGGUGAUGCUGGCCUGACCGGACGUAAGAUCAUUGUGGACACCUACGGAGGCUGGGGGGCCCACGGUGGAGGGGCCUUUUCAGGGAAAGACUACACUAAGGUGGACCGCUCUGCUGCCUACGCUGCCCGCUGGGUGGCCAAGUCCCUGGUGAAGGCUGAGCUCUGCAAGCGUGUGCUGGUCCAGGUAGCCUAUGCCAUUGGAGUUGCCCAUCCCCUAUCCAUCUCCAUCUUCCACUAUGGGACUUCUCAGAAGAGCGAGAGGGAGCUGCUGGACAUCGUCAAGAAGAACUUUGACCUCCGCCCUGGUGUCAUUGUUAGGGAGCUCGACUUGAAAAAGCCUAUCUACCAGCGGACUGCUGCCUAUGGCCACUUUGGGCGGGAGGCCUUCCCCUGGGAGGUCCCCAAAAAGCUCAAAUACUGAAUCCCUCACCCUGAGCUAUGGGUGUACUACAGAAAAACCUACAAGCUCUUGGGAGAGAUGAAUGUCCACAAUCACCCCCAAACUCUCAUCCCUAAAGGAAACAUUUUACACUCCUGUACCCUCUCUACCCAUCUGCAAUUGCUUGCACACCCCCUGAAAUCCAUUUCCUGUCUUUCCCUCUGACAGUUGUUUCAUCUUCACAGAAAUGUAUUUUCUCUCUUCUCCCUCCUGUUUCCGUACCUAUCCCCCACCCAAUGUUUCUCUGGUUGGCGAAAUAAUUGAUGGCACAUUUUAGGGCUGAAGAAUGCUAGGAGUUGCAAUAGGUAAUUAGGAUGUCAAUCUUGUCCCCUUAACUCUUUUCAAUUAAAAGUAAAGUAUUUGUCAGAUGUAACCAAAAACCCAUUUGUCAAAGUGGAACUGCAGAACUUGAGUUUUCUUGAACUAUAGUACCUUGUUUGGAACAGUCAUCCCUUCAGACCAUGUUUUCUGACGUGUUACAGAGAAGUCAGAAACUUCUAAUGAACUCUGGUUCUGUUGGGAUGUACGUUGUAUCUCUAUUCCCUCUGUCACAUCCUUUGUCAAAUUAAGAUUACAUGUGAAAGUUCUAGAAUGGUCUGAUAGACUAAGGUAAAGGCAAGGCACUUCCCCUCUAGACAAUGACCACUGCGUGUCGCUAGAGAAUCAUUAGCAUGGUUUUACCCUCUGGUUCCUAAAGUGGUCCACAGAAAAACUUUGGGUUGCAGCCACUAGGUGGUGCUCUAAGCAGUUGCCAGUGUUAUUUAUAUUUUAGCGACAAGGGUUUGGGAGAUGACUGACUUUGCAGAAGUAUUUGAACCUUCUUUUUUUUUCUUCCCACAUGCCCACUGAUAAAAGCAAAAGUCUGGCGGGUGUUGUACAGAGAAACCGGCCUUGUUUACAAUGCUCUCUGUUGGGUAUGUGCGGACUGCAGCAUUUGCAUUCUCUACAUUUGUUUUAAAUCUUUUUUUUUUACAUUUUUGGUGGUGAGGCUCAGUCUGGUUACUGAAGGUGUAAAAGUGCCUUUUUAAUGUUUUUACCUCACUACACACACCCUGCCUGCUCCUGCUACUAUCUCCAACCCCUCACCUGUGAUGCUUACAGACCCCUCCCCUUGGCUCAAAUGUUCCAUUUCCUAAAGACUUGAAAUGCUCCAUGUGAAACCUUUGAAUAAAAGUCUACCCUGA